AUGGGGAGUGCUGUGGUCAUUGGGAUACUCUCAGGAAAGGAGGAGCUCGCAGCACUCAUCUCUGACCUGAAGCAAGAGCAGAAGAAAGUGGAUGAACAUAUCGCCAAACUCGUGAACAACAAGACCCGGAUUGUCAAUGAGUCUGAUGUCUUCAGCUGGGUGAUCCGCCGUGAGUUCCAGGAGCUGCACCACCUGGUGGACGAGGAGAAGGCCCACUGCCUGGAGGGGGUAGAGGGUCACACCCGUGGCCUGGUGGCUUCUCUGGACAUGCAGCUGGAGCAGGCCCGGGGCACUCGGGAGCGGCUGGCCCAGGCCGAGCGUGUGCUGGAGCAGUUCAGUAAUGAGAGUCACCACGAGUUCAUCCGGAAGUACCACUCCAUGGCCUCCAGAGCAGAGCUCCAGCAGGCCCGGCCUUUGGAAGGCACGUUCAGCCCCAUCUCCUUCAAGCCGGGACUCCACCAGGCCGACAUCAAGCUGACUGUGUGGAAAAGGCUCUUCCGGAAAGUUCUGCCAGACCCAGAGUCUCUCCAGCUGGACCCUGCCACUGCCCAUCCCCUCCUGGAGCUGUCUAAGGGCAACACAGUGGUGCAAUGUGGGCUCCUGACCCAGCGGCGUGCCAGCCAACCCGAGCGCUUCGACUACAACACCUGUGUCCUGGCCAGCCAGGGCUUCUCCUGCGGCCGCCACUACUGGGAGGUGGUGGUGGGCAGCAAGAGUGACUGGCGCCUGGGGGUCAUCAAGGGCACAGCCAGUCGCAAGGGCAAGCUAAGCAAGUCCCCGGAGCACGGCAUGUGGCUGAUUGGCCUGAAGGAGGGCCGGCUGUACGAGGCCUUCGGCUGCCCACGUGUGCCCCUGCCGGUGGCGGGCCAUCCCCACCGCAUCGGGGUCUACUUGCACUACGAGCAGGGAGAGCUCACCUUCUUUGAUGCCGACCGCCCUGAUGACCUGCGGCCACUCUACACAUUCCAGGCUGACUUCCAGGGCAAGCUCUACCCCAUCCUGGACACGUGCUGGCAUGAGAGGGGCAACAACUCACUGCCCCUGGUGUUGCCCCCACCCAGCAGGCCUGGCCACCUCAGCCCCCCACCUCCUACCAAGCUGUAGGGCUGCC